AUGAGGUUUCACCCAGUUCAAUAUAUACAUGCUGCAAGAGGACAGGAGCACAAAGUCACCAUGGUGACCAUGCAAGUUCUUCUGCUGACUGUGGUUCUGAUCCUGCCCUCUGUGGAAAACUUAUCCUUUAGGAAUCCUGAGUAUUCUGUCACAGUUGACAAGCUCCUAGGAAAAUGGUAUAUAACUCGAUGGGCAGGAAACCCACCUAUUCCUGCAAAGAAGAAGUUUAGCCCACUGCCUCCCUUCAUUUUCGUCAAAAACAUACUUGGGAAGUUGGAGUUUAGGAUGAAUAUCUCGAAACCCAUGGGUUGUGUUGUGUUAAAGAUGAAUAUGGAGCAAGAACGAGAGAAUUCUGGUAUCUUCUACAUAUGGCCAAAUCACAGGAUCAACAUUGCAUUCAUUGGUGGGAUGGACUUCGCUAUUGCUUACCAUCAAAGCAAUAUCAACAACCAACUCCUAAAGAUGACAAUGCUUAUGGGUAAAAACAUGACCCCAAGGCCAACAGUGAUAUUGGAUUUUGAAGAUUUUGUAGAAUUUGUGCAACUGAAAAGAACAGACAUUAUCAACCCUGGAUUUGAUGAUUCCUGUGAGUUGUUUGGAGAAACCUAG